ACACAGCUUCACAGCUACAGCUUCACUAACACACGUGGAGAAUUUGCGGCGUUCGAUCAGUAAAUAAUCGCUUGAAAUUUGCAAAUAUUUCGCACGACGAUGUUACAGUGCGAAAAUUAUUCAGACUUGGAAAUUAUCCUUGGUUCGUACGAGGAAUUCGUAAUUGGUUAUAAACCGCUGAAGGCAGAAGAUGGAAUGGUUACUCUUUCCCAAAGCUUUGCAAAUCAUUCUCACCGAGCCAGUGUGCGCUGUGUGGCCAGUGGCGGCAAAUUCAUGGCCUCAGGAGGGGCUGAUGACAAUAUUCAGCUCUACGACAUGAAAUUGAGGAAGGAGAUGGGUGUUCUCAUGCAUCACGACAAAACUGUCACCUGUGUUGCGUUUGCGGGCACGUCUCACCUUAUCAGCGGCAGUGAAAACGGAGAUUUGGCUAUCUGGAGGACUGGUAACUGGCAGUGUGAAAAAAUCUUGACUGCGCACAAAGACGGCGGUGUCACGUCCAUUGCUGUCCACCCCUCUGGCAAGUUGUGCCUUACUGUCGGAAGGGAUCAGACACUCAAGACUUGGAAUUUGGUGAAAGGCAGGUCCGCGUACACGACCAACCUUCACGCGCAAGGAGAGGACCUGUCUUUUUCAGAAAGUGGAGAACACUAUGCAGUGUUAAAACUAAUGAAAGGUGGAGCUCAGUUUUCUGUUGAUGUCUACAACAUUGAAGUUGCUGGAGUUGUUUACUCUGUCGUCCCAGAGAGUAGGCCGUCCAGCAUUACCUUCCUGAAGGGUGACUUGAUAGCCAUUGGCACAGAUACUGGCUCUGUAGAGAUUCACAAAAUCUCAAAGAAAUCAUGCGUUUGUAAAUUCAAAACCAAGUCGAGCAGAAUUAGGAAAAUUGGGGCAGUUCAAUUUUCUUCUGGCGAAGCAUGGUUAGUGACAGCAGCUAGCAAUGGAGAAAUCUGCAUUUAUAGUUUCAAAAAAAUAUCUGAUAAAGAAGAUUUGGGCUCUCCGAAGCUGAUUGGAUCAGUGAGUGCAGGCUGUCGGCCCACGUGCAUGGCUUUGGUCAUAGCUCCUGUAGAUGCUGUGAAGCCAAAAGUGAAAGCAGAAGAGGCGGAAAAAAAGGUGCUGGUGCCUUUUGAGAAGAAAGUGACCAACAAGAGAGGCACUGUCACUGUUGAGUUGGAGGACAGUGACGAGGAAGACCGCAAGCCGGCCAAGGUCCAGAAACUCUCCAACAAGAAGAAGCAAGUUCAGAAAAAGCAAACAGACAACGUGAAAGGUAAGGGAAGGAAACCGAAGAAAAAUAGGAACAAUGUCAAAAAUAGAAAUAGCAAAUAAAUUUUCUCUUAAGUUACACAAAGGAAUUUUCAUAAAAUACUCACAGUUUUAAAUAUCAAUUCAUAAGAAUCAUUUGCAGUGCACUCAAAGAAAAGAAACAUAUAUUUUCAUUGAAAUUAAAAGUUGCAUAGCUGUAGUAUUAAAUUUGAGGUAUUAAUUUUUACUGGUUGUUCAAAGCUUAAAAACUCGAUUAACUUUUUUGGUUUGUUAAUAUUUAUUUAUUGUUUAAAGAGCUUUAUACCUUAAAUGAAACUUAACAAGGGGUUUCAGCUAAUUGCAAGUCAUCUGUUGAUUCUUCUUGAAUUUUUUCAUCUGGCCUGAAAUUGCAAGAUCAUUUUGGUUAGUUUGCUAUUUUCCUGUAACAGAGUCUAGUUGCCUCCGUUUGAUGGCUUGAACAAAGAGCUCAAACUCCUUUGGGUAGUAAUACAUAGGGUUACAGUUGAAUUUUGGUCUGCUAAGUGGUUUCUCCAGUGGGUAGUCUUCAAAUCCAAUGUGAUAUAUCUUUUGGUAAUCAACGUUUUCGGCUUGGAUUAAAAUUUUCAGGGCCUCGUCAUAAUAGGAGUCAAUGUAUUUUGGUUCCUUGUACUGAAUCUUGCAUUUUGUCAUGUGCGCCUCGUAAAUUUUCAAUCCCCAAUCCGUGUGGAUCAUAACAAUUUUCACUUCAUGGUGAACGUUGAAGCAGGAAUCGCUAUGCAGGAAAUCUUCAACAAACUCAAACCCAAACUCGUUCACUCUGUGCUCGUAGUCUUUGUGGUAGAUGUCGACCACCUUAAAAUUUUAAUUUAUUAAUCCUAUACUCACUUUAAAAUCAAGUUCAAUUGCUUAACCUCACAAGCGAGACUACUUUGUAGGUGUUCUCUCAGCUCCUGAACUAAGUUCAUAAACUCCUCUUCUUGUCUUGCGUACAAAAGCAGUACUUUCAAGCUUCUCUGUUUCUUAAUAGUGUUUUGUUUCACUAUUGUGAGAAUCACCGGCACUAGUGAAGUUAGAAAUCAUUUCACACAAUCAUAAAUAUGAAAUAGAGAUCAGAUUGUAUUUUUACAUCUCUCCUCUUCUUCGCUUCCCUUGAAAAUAAACUUGUAAAGUCGGCAACUGGCCCUGUAGGCAACGCAUAAAACAGCAACUCCCACAGCAACCAUUAAAAGAAUCAUGUCUAGGUACAGCUUGUCAUCUGAAGAAACUAAACUGCGCAGAUUAAUGCUUUUAUCUGAAACAUCACAAAUAAAAAAUCUUUUUGCUGGAAAAUACGUUACAUACUAACCUUUUGGAACUUGAGUGUGCACAAACACUGGUCUGCUGGUGAAAAUCGUUCUUUCAUUAGUUGAGUAAUUCGUAUAAACAAUUUCAGCGAAGAAGCAUCCUUGCUUUGCUACAUUAAAAGUCAUUUCUUCUGAAUCGUUUCUUCCAGAAGAGUACUCUUGAAUAAGAUAGUUCCUCAAUAGGUAAGAAUUGAAUUCUGAUCUUCCACUGCUACUGCAUACUGACGGGGUUUUAGCGUGCUCAUUGAAGUAAAUUAUCGCCUCAGCGUACCCUAAGUCACAUCUCACGUGUGUUGGCCAUUGGAGAAAUAUUUUGCUUGUGCCAUUUUCGGAUAUUUCCAGUUCGCUCGCAUCUAUCGCGGAAAAUAUCCUUGAUAAACUUGAUCUAAUGAAUCGCUCUGUAUACUCACUAUAUUUUUGGAUAACCUGGAAGCAACUAUCAUGCUUGCUUACGGUGACAGUUUCGACUUGGUUGCCACCACGAAAAAUUUCCUGCAAAAUUUUAAUUUAUGUACUUAAUGUCAACAAUGUGCUUUGAACAUGUGUGCUUGACACGUGUCCAUUUAUGAUAGUAAAUUUUGGUUCACGCAUGUACUCACAUUUUGUGCUGCCAAAGCACUAAAAAGGAAAGCCAAAGAUAUUCCUAAAUUGUAGCAUAGUUUCAUUAUUCAAGCCUCAGAAGUCGGGUUUAAAAGUGGAAAUAAAUUUCAAACGAGAAAUUUAGUUCGCACUGUGUGGUCAGCGAUGAUGAUUGUGGUUGCAUUUCCUGUCGCUUAUCAAUUCGCCUUAUUAAUUUAGAGCUUCCAACCAAAUAAUGUAUAUUUUUUAGCAUUAAAGAAGAAAAAGAAUGAAAAAUUCUUAUUGAUUUGUGUAAAGUUAAGAGGGUCGCUAGCAAUAAUUUAGUUAAAAGUGCUUAAGAAUUUUUUUAAUAAAACAAUAUUUCAUGUAACUCGCUGUGCAAUCAUGAAGAUAAAAGAUAUUGCUCACUAAAAAAUAAUUGUUAAAAAAUGUCAUUACUAUCAGCAGAGACAAUUAAGUUGAUAUUAUGUUUGUUUGGUUUACAAUCUGAUUUAUCGUUGCGGCUGUUGCGUGGAAUUACCAUGUUAUCAUCUAUAAAUGCUUGCAUGUGUAACUUUUUUAAAGAAAAUUGUUUUUACUUUAAUAAUAACAUGCUUAUACUUUUUGGAAUAAAGUUGAAGUGGAAGCUAA